AUGAUGCCCUUCCCGGUGCUGGCCCCGGGAGCGCCGGCGCCGCCGCCCAAGCGCUACGGCAUCUCCUCGCCCAUCAGCCUGGCCACGCCCAAGGAGACGGACUGCGCGCUCACCCAGAAGCUCAUCGAGACCCUGCGGCCCUUCGGCGUGUUUGAGGAGGAGGAGGAGCUGCAGGGCCGGAUCCUGAUCCUGGAGAAGUUGAACAACCUGGUGAAGGAGUGGAUCCGCGAAGUCAGUGCGAGCAAGAGCCUGCCCGAGGUGCUGGUGGAGAGCGUGGGCGGCCGGCUCUUCACCUUCGGCUCGUACCGCCUGGGCGUGCACACCAAGGGCGCCGACAUCGACGCGCUGUGCGUGGCGCCCAGGCACGUGGACCGCAGCGACUUCUUCACCUCCUUCUACCACAAGCUGAGGCUGCAGGAGGAAGUGAAAGACCUGCGGGCCGUGGAGGACGCGUUCGUGCCGGUCAUAAAGCUGUGUUUUGAUGGGAUAGAGAUCGAUAUUCUGUUUGCAAGAUUAGCACUGCAGACCAUUCCGGAAGACUUGGAUUUAAGGGAUGACAGUUUGCUCAAGAACUUAGAUAUCAGAUGCAUCCGAAGUCUUAACGGUUGCCGGGUAACCGACGAGAUACUACAUCUGGUCCCAGACAUCGACAACUUCAGGUUAACGCUGAGAGCUAUCAAGCUGUGGGCCAAGUGCCACAACAUCUACUCCAACAUACUCGGCUUCCUGGGCGGCGUUUCCUGGGCCAUGCUGGUGGCGAGAACCUGCCAGCUCUACCCGAAUGCCGUAGCCUCCACUCUGGUGCGGAAAUUUUUCUUGGUGUUUUCGGAAUGGGAGUGGCCCAACCCGGUGCUGCUCAAAGAGCCGGAGGAGCGGAACCUGAACCUGCCGGUCUGGGACCCGAGAGUGAACCCCAGUGACCGCUACCACCUCAUGCCCAUCAUCACCCCGGCGUACCCGCAGCAGAACUCCACCUACAACGUGUCCGUCUCCACCAGGAUGGUCAUGGUGGAGGAGUUUAAACAAGGCCUCGCCAUCACGCACGAGAUCCUGCUCAACAAGGCCGAGUGGUCUAAACUUUUCGAAGCCCCAAGCUUCUUCCAGAAGUACAAGCACUACAUUGUCCUCCUAGCAAGCGCGCCGACGGAGAAGCAGCACCUGGAGUGGGUCGGCCUGGUGGAGUCCAAGAUCCGGAUCCUGGUCGGGAGCCUGGAGAAGAAUGAGUUCAUCACGCUGGCGCACGUGAACCCGCAGUCGUACCCGGCGCCCAAGGAGAAGCCCGGGCGGGAGGAGUUCUGCACCAUGUGGGUGAUCGGGCUGGUGCUGAAGAAGCCCGAGCAGUCCGAGGUUCUCAGCGUGGACCUCACCUACGACAUCCAGUCGUUCACGGACACCGUGUACCGGCAGGCCGUCAACAGCAAGAUGUUUGAGAUGGACAUGAAAGUCGCUGCCAUGCACUUGCGAAAGAAAGAGCUGCAGGAGCUGCUCCCCAACCACGUGUUUCAGAAAAAGAAGACGCGCCCGGCAGAGGGCGUCACCCUGACGGCCACGAGUGACGAUGGCAGUGCCGGGACGGACAGUGAAGACAGCGUGUCCACGCCGUCGCCCGCCGGCCUCUUGACUGGCAGCUCCCGGGACACCAGCAGCCCCGCCCCGCCCGUCCUGUCUGUGACGCUGGCCAACGGGCAGGCCCCCGAGCUUGUGCUGCCCCAGGGGAGUCCCGACGAGGGCCCCGGGGCCGUGUCGGGUGAAGGCAUCCCUCAGGCGGCCUCACAGCCUGCCGGCUCUCCUCCACCAAAGCCCAGAGUCACCCGGGUGGUUUCCUCACCGUGUCUGCUGAGCCAUCCACCCAUGCCUUCCGGAAAUGCCGCGGCCGGCAUCCCUAACCCUAUCGUGGGAAUCUAG